UAUGCUGUCAGAGGAGGACUUCGUGAAAGCAGUCAUCCCACACCUUCAAGAUGGAUUGUCCCAUUUUAGUGCUGUGUGUGAUACCUUAUUCAAUGUUGACCAUUCAGAAAAUUUCAAGGCAGCCAUUCAGAAAGCUGUGACAAGUUUGAACGAAUCAGAAACGGUUGCUAAAUCCCAUCUAGACAGAGUGGACGAGUACACUGAGGAGUCGACACAGAGGAAAGGAAAACUGGAGUCAGAAUGUCAGUCCCUGCAGACAGAUUUAGCCAAUUUACAAACUCAGUGUAAAGCUAUUAAGGACAACAUGUCUAAUUACAAAUACGCUCUUGAGAAAGCUAAGAAUGAGAAAGAGUCUGCUGAGCGUCACCUGCAACACUGCAGGAACAAAGCAAGAGAAAGCCAAAAGAUAAGAGAUGCUGGGAUUUGUCUGAUGUUUAUUCCUUUCAUUGGGACCAUUGCAGGAGCUGUGAUGAUGGAUGUUGGGCAGGCUGAGAUGGACCAAGCUAAAUGGCGCGCCAAACAAUCCCAAAAUAAUGUUAACAGGUUUGCGUCCUUGGUAAACUCCCAUGAGCGUCAGUUAGCCCUCAAAAAGCAAGAAAAGGGGCAGAAUAAAAUCGCAAUUGAACGUAAUCAGAAUAACAUUCAGAAAAACGACAUCAGUCUGAGAGAAGUCAAAAUUAAAAGACCCAAAGUUGCAGGUUUUCAGAGUAAGUUGAGAGAAGCAGUCAACUUUCUCAGUGUCCUGUCUGGCAGGGCUGAUGUUGCUCUGACUGUAACCUCUCAAGUUAUCCUCCUGGAGCCACUGAUUAUUGUGAUGACAGAAGUUUUGGGCCUCUGUUUUGAAGCUGCAGGUGAUGAAAAAAUGAAAUUACUGAUGCAAGGGUCUGACAUGUACUCUACCAUUGAAAGUUUGAAAAAUGUCCAUAAGAAAUUUUCAAGCAUCACUGGCAAGCAGAGUGCUCUGUCUGAACAGUUUUAUUAACCUGUAGUGUCUUUAACAACUAGAGUUGUUACAAUAGUGCAGAAUUAUUGUUAUGAUUAUGAGAUUUGACAAAUAAUUAGUGUGCUUCCCUUUGCAUUUUACAAAUUGUUCACAGAAUGCAAUAUAACUAAAUUCUACAGAAAGUAGAACGAUUACAUUCCAUAAUCUAAUGAAUAAAACCUUUGAUAUCUUAUUUGAGUACCUCAUUUUUUAUCAUACAUUUCAUUCAUUUAGCAGAUGAUUUUAUC